AUGCAAGAAAAUUCGUAUUUAUUAACUUCCCUUCUGUCAUGGAUAGCUAACUCGGUUUUUUCGAUGUUAACACAACGAAACAAUCAAAACGAUACCAAUCAAUUUAAAUCUGUUCAUUUUACAGAAAAUACUGACAUAAAACCGCUAAUUCAAAUGUUUGAUCAUCACCACAAAACAAAAAAUCUUCACACCGGUGUGAAAAUGAAACAAUUAACGGCAGUUAAUCAUGAUUCCGAGUUGCAAAACAAGCAUCAUCCAAUUUCAAAACAACAAUUCAAGUAUUCUGGUAAUAUGGGAAUUAUUAUGAUGAAAGGUCAUAACAAUCCUGUAGGCGAUUCAAUUGAUUCGGAGGAGUAUUCAUUGCCAUUUCUUCACGAACAAGCCAAUGUGUUAAACACUAUUAUUAAGAACAGGGAUGGAAAUUUGUGA